CCCUGUUAAUUACGUUGAUAAUUUUAAUUAUUUUUUUGCUACCUAGGGUACACAUUUAGGGAAGUUGAGGUUAGGAUUGUUCCAAUUUUCGCAUGGUUGCCACCUUAAAAUGAUCCUUUUCAACGACUACUUUGAUGAACAUUAAUAUGAAAACAAGUAUAUCUUAACCUCACUUUUUUUAGUGACAAAUUUAGUUCCUUUUUCUUUUUCACAUCUAAAGCGCGGUUUACACAAUCAUAGCCCACUGUUUGCCAAUUUCACUGAAAUAAUUAUACCUCUGAAAUAACAAAGUUUUAGCCGCUUCAGGCCCCUCAAACAUGUAGGCCAUUGAGGCCAAAGCCACCAAUAAAUUCGACUGCAAAUUCGAAUCCGACGACAGCCAAUGCAAAGUCGAUUCGUACACUUCGUACGAUUCUUUGUAAAGUUUAUCUGUCAAAAUAAUAAAACUGUCAAAUUAAAAAAGAAACUGUCAAAUUUCCAUCUAAGCAACACUACUAUAUUUGCCUAGCAACGAAUUAUAUUAGUUGCUAGGUAACGACUAUAUUGCCUAGCAACAUGUGUAAAAUUGCGGCAAAUUCGAACCUUUGAAGAGUGCGAGGGCAAGGCCGCUUCCGCUGUUGAAAGUGGCAGCUUCGACUUUGGUAAAAGUGUCGAUUGCUUGUUGAUAUUUGCCUAAAGUGGUGAGAAUUCGUCCAUAGUUGACUCGGGCGCAAUCUCUUUGUUUUUUAUCUGAAAGUGUGAGGGCGUUUUUGAAGGCUUCUAAGGCCCCCAGUUUGAGGCCCAUUCGUUCUUUGAGAAUUCCGAGCAUGUUCCAUGCUGUAGCGUUCAUUGGAUCGUGUUCUGUAAUGAACGAAAGUUGACACAUUUCAAACUAGUACACGACAUACAUUAAGAUUUUCAGAAAUUAAAAGUGGUCCAAAUGAUAAUUACUCGGACAAACAAGACAAUAGAAAAUCUUUUCGUCGUAUAUAAGAAACAGAAAAGGGAGAAUAUUGACAAGUUGGGUGAAACAACUGUGAAAAUGUGGUUAAAAAUCUGUGUUUUUUUGGUCAUAAUUGAGACGAGUUUUGGCCAAAGUAACAAUUUUAGUUUAAAUGUCAACAAGAGACGCCCUUAUCACGAUUAUGACCCCUAUUAUCAUCACUACCACCACGAAUUACUCUAUGGCGGCGGUCUCCUCUACUAUUUAACGUUCAUUUUAAUCAAAGUUAAGGUCGUUUUCGUGCUUGGAACAAUUUUCACGAUAUUUCUAGUCGCUGGAAAAUUCUUCGCCAUAGUCAAAUACGCUGAAUAUAUGAAAUCGCCGAAACACCACGAACCUGAAAAAGUCUACGUCCAUGAACCCCCUCAUUUCGACUCUUAUUCCCCACAUUAUGGCCGAAAUUUCCCCAAUUAUUACGACAUUUUCGUGAAAAUCCUCCAAAAUGCCAAUCUAACAGACACGGCUUUCCGAAGAAUGAAACUAAAUUCGGUGGCUUGUAGAAAAAAAUUCGUAUGUAAGACGGACUACAAGGCGAAGUUUAGUCAAAUUUUAGCUACGACUUUGACAAUUUUCACGGACGAAAACUACGACAAAUAUAAAACGAACACUACAAUUGAGUCGUUACAAGAUUGUGAUAAGUUGUAUCAAAGUUGUAGAAAUAAUAAAAUUUAAUUU